AAAAGAGCUGGAAGUCCUGGUUUGGCCUUGGGUUCCGCGGUAGGGGAUGUCCCGUGCGAGAGAAUGAGGAGAUCCUGCGGCCUUACCUACUAGCGGAAUCGGGUGAAGAGACGCCUGCCAGUGCGGGAGGUAGGAAGCUCGAUCCCCAAAGAAAAGAGCGAGUGGGCAGGCAGCUGCGAGACAGAACCGGAGUGUGCAGGGUCCCUAGAGGCCGGUUGCUGGUCGGUGCUGCUCUCCUGGAAGCCAUGGUGCAGGCAGAGCUCAGGGCGAUCCCCAGGAGCAGCAGAAGAAGAAGACACAGCGCCGGUCCAGGAGGUGGCUCGAGCUGUUCGUAAAGUCGUCCGACAGCUUUUUCUCCGUAGUAUGCGAGUUGACAAAACAGCCAGAGAACAGGGCUUCCCAUUACAAUCUUUUCGAGCUCUUUUCCCUUGCUAACCGGAUCUGAUUUGUGCGAAAACAUGCCUUGCACUUGUACCUGGAGGAACUGGAGACAGUGGAUUCGACCUUUAGCAGCGGUCAUCUACCUGGUGUCAAUAGUGGUUGCGGUUCCCCUAUGCGUGUGGGAAUUACAGAAACUGGAGGUUGGAAUACACACCAAGGCUUGGUUUAUUGCUGGAAUCUUUUUGCUGUUGACUAUUCCUAUAUCACUGUGGGCGAUAUUGCAACACUUAGUGCAUUAUACACAACCUGAACUACAAAAACCAAUAAUGAGGAUUCUUUGGAUGGUACCCAUUUACAGUUUAGAUAGUUGGGUAGCUUUGAAAUAUCCCGGAAUUGCAAUAUAUGUGGAUACCUGCAGAGAAUGCUAUGAAGCUUAUGUAAUUUACAACUUUAUGGGAUUCCUUACCAAUUAUCUAACUAACCGUUAUCCAAAUCUGGUAUUAAUCCUUGAAGCCAAAGAUCAGAAGAAACAUUUCCCUCCUUUAUGUUGCUGUCCACCAUGGGCUAUGGGAGAAGUAUUGCUGUUUAGGUGCAAACUAGGUGUAUUACAGUACACAGUUGUCAGACCUUUCACCACCAUCGUUGCUUUAAUCUGUGAGCUGCUUGGUAUAUAUGACGAAGGGAACUUUAGCUUUUCAAAUGCUUGGACUUACUUGGUUAUAAUAAACAACAUGUCACAAGUGUUUGCCAUGUAUUGUCUCCUGCUCUUUUAUAAAGUACUAAAAGAAGAACUGAGCCCAAUCCAACCUGUUGGCAAAUUUCUUUGUGUAAAGCUGGUGGUUUUUGUUUCUUUUUGGCAAGCAGUAGUUAUUGCUUUGUUGGUAAAAGUUGGCGUUAUUUCUGAAAAGCAUACGUGGGAAUGGCAAACUGUAGAAGCUGUGGCCACCGGACUCCAGGAUUUUAUUAUCUGUAUUGAGAUGUUCCUCGCUGCCAUUGCUCAUCAUUACACAUUCUCAUAUAAACCAUAUGUCCAAGAAGCAGAAGAGGGCUCAUGCUUUGAUUCCUUUCUUGCCAUGUGGGAUGUCUCAGAUAUUAGAGAUGAUAUUUCUGAACAAGUAAGGCAUGUUGGACGGACAGUCAGGGGACAUCCCAGGAAAAAAUUUUUUCCCGAGGAUCAAGAUCAAAAUGAACAUACAAGCUUAUUAUCAUCAUCAUCACAAGAUGCAAUUUCCAUUGCUUCUUCUAUGCCACCUUCACCCAUGGGUCACUACCAAGGGUUUGGACACACUGUGACUCCCCAGACUACACCGACCACAGCUAAGAUAUCUGAUGAAAUACUCAGUGAUACUAUAGGAGAGAAAAAAGAACCUUCAGAUAAAUCCGUGGAUUCCUGAACAGUAUGGAAAAGCAAACUGUGCAACUACUACAUUAUUAUCAUUACCUGGUAUCCCAUGGAUUUUGUGCUUGGGACAGACCAUAAAUGAUGGAAAAUGUCAACAAAAAAAUAGCUGAAAGCCAGGUACAACUACUGGAUUUAUAUAUGUAAAAGUUUUGUAUAUCAAAAAUAAUUGGUCUAAAUUUCCUAGACUUAGACUUGAUUUCUUAACAUUAGGGUAUCACAUACUCAAAUGGUAGACAAUGACCCCAACUAAAUCUUCCUGAUGUUACACUGCUUUAUCAAGAGGAUGGACUUUUUUUUUUUUUUGAGACGGCAUCUUGCUCUGUCACCCAGGCUGGAGUGCAGUGGCGCAAUCUCGGCUCACUGCAAGCUCUGCCUCCCGAGUUCACGCCAUUCUCCUGCCUCAGCCUCCUGAGUAGCUGGGACUACAGGCACCCGCCACCAUGCCCAGCUAAUUUUUUUUGUUUGUUUGUUUUAGUAGAGACAGGGUCUCACCAUGUUAGCCAGGAUGGUCUUCAUCUCCUGACCUCGUGAUCCACCUGCCUCGCCUCCCAAAGUGCUGGGAUUACAGGCGUGAGCCACUGCGCCUUGCCGAGAAUGGACAUUUUUAAAAAACAAAUCAGUACUUCCUACCACUGCUGCAUGAGUAUAAUGCUCCGGAAUUAUCAGGAAGCAUAAUGCAGAAAUACGAAUUAGUGGAACUUAAUCGUGUGCCAUAUAAGCUUACCUAACAAACAGUUAUAUCUCUAUUCCUCAACUGAAUGUCUUUCAAUAAAUAAGAAUUUAUCAUUUA